AUGAAUGCUGACUUUAAGAACGCCUUCGAAGCUCUUCAUAGUAAGGUGAAACUAGUGAACGACUUCUCAUCUGGAAAGAAACUGAAGUCUGAAGGUUUCGACAACGAGUUAAGAGAAGUAGCACAAAAUAUGACGAAAAUAACAGAUGCAGCAACGAGACAGGCAGUUCAAAGUGCCUAUGACGCCGUUAGAGCAACUGUUGUGGAAAGUCAAGAAAAAGAGUUACAACAGACCAAAACAGACCUAGUAAAUGCUUUCUUAAGAACGAAAAGUCAGGUAGGACAUUAUGCUGCAGAUGGAACAUAUGUGCCAGCUGGUGGAACUUAUAUACCACCAAACCCUCCAAGAGAAGCACCUGCACCAGGACUACCUAAAACAUUUACAUCGUCACAUGGACACAGACACAGGCAUGCACCAAAACAACAACCAACAGUUCAAAAUCCAGCACAACAACCAACAGUUCAAAACACUGCACAGCAACCAACAGUUCAAAACACUGCACAGCAACCAACAGUUCAAAACCCUGCACAACAACCAACAGUUCAAAACCCUGCACAACAACCAACAGUUCAAAACCCUGCACAACAACAACCACAAACAGAGCAAGGACAUAAAAGAAGUAGAGAACAAGGAAACCAAGAAUUCUUAAAAAUGCUUAAGGAAAAUUAUGGUUACCCAGAUACUCUUGACUUUAGUGACAGAUAUAAAGAAGCUAUUAGAAAGUUCAAGGAAGGAAAUACUGACCCGAACCUAUUUAGCUUUAUGGUUCAGCACCAAAUGGGAUAUAAUUUCAAACCUGGAAAAUACAAGCUCGCUAAGGGAUAUGAUUUAAUAGCAUAUCAUCCAAAUGACAUGACUGAAUUUACUCCGAGAUAUUUGGUGUCAGAGCUAAAUGAUAAUUCAACUCUCUUCAUGAAACGCGUAAAAAAUAGAGACGGAACGAAAGAAGAAAGGUUUAUGAGUCCGGAUGACUUAGAUAGGGAACUUUUUAAAAACGGUCUCGGAAUAUAUGAAAUGCCAGCAGAUGAGGUACAAGAAACUCCACAGGAAGAAGUUCAGAUACAACCAGACAUGGAAGAAAUAGUUCAGCAACAACAGCUAGAAGAGCCUGAAGGAAACAAACAAGUCCCUCCUUUGGAAACUAA